AUGGAGAGACAUAUUUUAUUCCUUACUUCAGUGGAAGAACCUGUACAGUCUGAAAACAGUAUACCGGCACAAGAUCCACUGAAUGGUAUUGGAAUACAGGGGAAUAACUGUUAUAGAUUAAACAACAGUAUCAUAUUUGCUGAACCAUUAAAUUACAGCAAGCAAAUAAAAGAAGAGAAUACAGAUGGCCAAAUGACGACAUUCAUAGAUAAUGUGAUAGUACAGAAAACACCUGGUAAAAGAAAUAAAUAUCACAUGUAUAUUGAAGAUUUAUCAAAUCCCACAUGUCCACAGCAAAAUUGCAAUAAAACGUUCUCGAACAUGACGCUGCUCAAAGCACACAUACGCAAAAUCCACUGUGCUGAUAGAAACCGUUACAUAUGUGACCAGUGUGGCAGUGGGUUCCCAGCAGUGUACCUGCUGAGAAGGCAUACAGCUGUCCAUGCGGGAGAAAGAGUGCAAUGUCCCGUUUGUAAGAAGUCACUCAGUGCUAGGACUAACCUGUCGACCCACCUUCGGUCGCACGCGGACACACGCACGCACGAGUGCGGCGUGUGCCACAAGCGUUUUGUACGCAAGUGUACACUGAACGCCCACGUCAAGUUCGUGCACAGAGUUGGCGAACUUAAUUGUGACAAAUGUGACGAUACAUUCACGUCCCGCAUCGAACUGCGCCGGCACGUCUUGACACAUAACGCGUCACCGGAGGCUUCGUAA